AUGGACGGCUACAAGACGUACCACCUCGGCGACUUUGAGCUCGUCAGCGGCGAGACCAUCCCGUCGGCCUCGAUCGCCUACAAGACCGCCGGCGACGCGCGGCUCCCCGCCGUCAUCUACCCGUCGUGGUUCAGCGGCGCCAUCGAGGACAACGAGUGGCUCGUCGGCGACGACAAGGCCCUCAGCCCCAGCAAGUACUACAUCAUCAUGCCCGCCAUGUUCGGCAACGGCCAGUCCAGCAGCCCGUCCAACUGGCGCCCGCCGCCCGGCGCGCCGCCCUUCCCCGACGUCACCAUCCGCGACAACGUGACGGCCCAGCACCGCCUCGUCACCGAGUGCCUGGGCGUCACGCACGCGCGCUGCAUCCUGGGCUGGAGCAUGGGCGCCUGCCAGACCUACCAGUGGGUCACGCAGUACCCCGGCUUCGCCGACCUCGCCGUGCCCUUUUGCGGCAGCGCCCGCACCUCGCUCCACAACCAGGUCUUCCUCGAGGGCGUCAAGAGCGCGCUCCUCGCCGCGAGGGGGGCCGCGUCCGCCGGCUCGUGCCGCGGCGAGGCCGCCGGUCCCGGCUCCCGUCCCUGGACUGCCGACGAGCGCGCCGCCGGGCUCAAGGCCCUGGCCCGCGUCUACGCCGGCUGGGGCUUCAGCCAGGCCUUUUACCGGCAGAGGCUGUACGAGACGGCCCUGGGGUACACGUCGCUCGAGGACUUUAUGCAGAACUUUUGGGAGAAGUGGGCGCUUUCCAAAGACCCCGACAACCUGCUCGUCAUGCUGCGCGCCUGGCAGGCGGGCGACUGCUCCGACCAGGAGCCGUACAACAAGGACUUGGAGCUGGCCUUGAAGAGCAUCAGGACCAGGAUGCUCGUCCUGCCGGGCAGGGAGGACCUGUACUUCCCCCCCGAGGACUCUGAGUACGAGGUCCAGUGCAUGGAGGCCGGUGUCGGGACGUGCAUUCCAAUUCCGUCCAUCUGGGGGCACUGGGCCGGCGGGCCGGGACUAAACCCCGACGACGUAAAGUGGCUCGACGACAAGCUCAGGGCGUUUCUGGAGGAUCAAUCGACUCUGACGGGCGACGUGGGCGUGGCCAAGUGA